AUGUCGACGUCGGCGGCCAGCUCGCUCAGUCAGCUCAUCCAAGAGGCGGCCGAGCAGACAAAGUCGCCCAUCUCCACCGAGGCACUCGCCACCAAAGAAGUCGCAUCCUACAUCCGCUCGCUCUCCAACCUCAGCCUCUCCGACCUUCGCAACCAGCCGCAUCAGCUGCAAGCCAAGUCCGAUGCGCUUCACGUCCAGCUCUCGGAGCUCUGCAUUUCCCAAACCGAUGCCUUCAUCCACAUCCACCAGGCAGAACAGCGCUUCGGCCCUGCACUAGAAUCUCUCGCAUCUAACCUUUCUGAUCUAAUUCAGAAGUCGAUACCCGACCUGCACGCCGCCGCCGAUGCUUUCCUCGCCCAGAGUCGACCAGCCCUGGAUCAAAAGAAGCGCAUCCAGAAUGUCGCUGACCAGUACGAGCGCGGCCAUCUCUCCGACCUGCUCGACAUCCCUCCGCUCGUGCACACGUGCGUCAAGGCAGGCCACCACUCCGAGGCCAUCCAGCUCACCGAGCAUCUCAUCGGCCUUCUCGGCGCUCCUGAAACCCCAGUCCUCGACUCGCAAGCCAUCCAGCACGGUCAGCGCAGCACCUACCUCUCGCUCCUCAUCGAGACGCUCUCCCAUCUCGCCGCGAUGAAGGCCGACCUGCUCGCUGGCUUUUCCAAGCCCAGCAUCAAGCUCCCUGCCGUCCGCAAGUCCGUCACCGUGCUCCGUAGGCUCAACCACAUACAGUCGUCGCUCGUACGCAUCCCAGAUUGGACCAGCAUCGUAGCAUCGCAACUCUUCUCCAGCCUCAUUCCGCAACUCGGCAUCACCGAGAACCAGCUCUGCCUCGUGUUCCUCAAGGCCAGGAUCCACUCGUUUCGCGCCUCGCUCAACGCCAUGGGCUCGCCAUCCACCGUCAACAGUCACGCCUACCUGCGUAGAUACAUUGACCUCUGGCGCCAGGAGAUGGCAGACACCCUUGGCAUGGCAUUCCCUCUAUUCGUCGACGACGCGACUUCUGUUCAGCAUGGCAACGAGCAUGCUGAUCAAGACGCCAUGAUCUCGCCCGCCUAUCUGCUCGCAUCGUUCGCUACCUCGGGACUCGAUUUGCUGCGACGUACCGUGUCGGCUCAGCUGAAGGCAGCUGCGCAGCGGCUCUCUGCGUCUGCGUCGGUGCAGGGCGACUCGAGUGCGUCGCUCCAAGCAUUUGCAGAGAUGUGCAGCAACGUGCACACGCAACUCAGCUAUGCCUCGGCAGCGCUUGCACGAUUCGGACUCGACUGUGGCGAGCUCCUCUUCUCGCCCGUCGACUUACCUGAUCAGGACCUGACCUCGAUGGAAGCGAUUUGGCUGGAUGUGCUUUCACGCUCACUCGAAGACGCCUUUUCGUACAUCCACGAGCAACUGGAUCAGCACACCAGUGGCACCGAUGCGUUGCCAUCGCACUGGCUGCUUUCGUCCCAGCUUUCUUCUACCGCCCUACAGGAGCUUUUCACCAUCUCGGCAAGUGAUGCCGCUCCUUCGGCGUACGAUGACUUUGCACGACCCAACAUCGAGCUGGUCGACUAUCCGCCGUUUGGUAGGCUGCUGAAUCGGAUCAUGGAGUGGAUCAAUGCGCUGCAGAUCUUUGCGCCUGUCUCCCUCGCCACGCCGCUGUUGCAGCGUCUGGAUGCCCACUUUUCGCGUGUCACCGAACGGAUCCUUGCCGAAAUCCCUCAAGCCAUCACCACGUCGCGCGGCGAUGCAACACACACUAGGCUCCUCGAUGAUGACGAUGCAAAGUCGUUCUUGGAGCACCUCGAUCCAGAGGCCGAGGUGGAGAUGUCAAGCGCUCUGGUUCGGGAUAGGGAGAGCGCGAUCUUGGCCAAGACGCUGAGGAUGUGGAACGCCUCUGUCGUGCAGUGGGUGCUCCACGUCGUCCAGUCCUGCUUCUCGGACGACGACAGCCAGAAUCAAGCGCGCAACGAGCACGUCGAGAUGAAGACGGCUUGGACAAAAGCACACGACUGGAUCCGAUCCACAGAGGCACGGAUCGUCCAGCACAACAUCAAGAGAAAGAACGACGCAGAGGCCAGGAAGGAUGCAGUGGAGGAAGCUGCAGCAAAAGCAAAAGCCGAAGAAGAGGCGCGUGCAAAGGCACAAGAAGAGGCAAGGCUCAAGGCUGAAGCUGAAGCCAAGGCGAAAGCAGAAGCCGAAGCCAAGGCAAGGGCCGCCGAAGAGGAGGCGAGAGCCAAGGCAGAGCACGAGGCCAAGGCGGAAGCCGAAGCAAGAGCGAAGGCGGAAGCCGAAGCAAGAGCGAAGGCGGAAGCCGAAGCAAGAGCGAAGGCGGAAGCCGAAGCAAAGGCGGAAGCCGAAGCGAAAGCGAAAGCAGAAGAACAGGCAAGGUUGAAGGCUGAAGAGGAAGCAAGGGCGAAAGCAGAGGCCGAAGCCAAAGCGAAGGCAGAAGCGCAAGCAAGAGCAAAGGCAGAGGCUGAGGCUGAAGCAAAGGCCAAGGCGAACGCAGAGGCGGAAGCAGCGGCAGCAGCAGCGAAGGCAGCAGAGGCUGAAGCGAAAGCCAAAGCCAAAGCCGAGGCGGAGGCGGAGGCUGAGGCUGAAGCUGAAAGGGCCAGGAUCGAGAGAGAAGAAGAGGCGGCAGCCAAAGCCAAAGCGGAGGCAGAAGCCCAGGUGAAAGCUGAAGAGGAGGCAGCGGCCAGGGCGAAAGCUGAAGAGAAGGCAGCAGCCAAGGCCCAAGCUGAAGUUGAAGCCGAGUCGGCAAGGGUCGCAUCCGAGAAAGCGGCUGCUGAAGCUGAAGCUGCUGCUCGGGCCAAGGCUGAAUCGGAAGCGGCAGCGGAGCGCGCACGAGUCGCUGCGCAGCAAGAGGUCGGCGAGACGGAAUCUCAGACGCAAGACGGCACCGACACUGGCGCAGAACAAGUGCAGACAUCAGGUGGAUCCGAUACAGCGGCUCGCGCGAAGCCAGCCGAAGCAGCACCCACAAAGAAGUUUAGCUUGGCCGAGAAGCUGCGUCAACGCAAGGAGGAGCGCGACCGUGCCGCCACCACCGCCGCCGCUGCUGCUGCUGCUACGUCAAUGUCCCAAGUUGAAGCAUCGCAAGAGCAAGCGAAACCAGCCGACAAGCCAGAACCACCUUCGGACGAUGUGGCUCCAGAAGAGCCGUCUCAGACUACGCAAGACGAGGAGACAAAGCCGGAUGAAGCCGCCGCAGCUGUGGCAGAUGGUGGAAGCAGCGAUGUGCACGACGAAGCCCAGGAUGAAGACGACGAGGCCGACAGUGGUGCCAAUACCCCAACUACACCUGUCACGCCUUCCACACCCAACCCCGCCAACAGCCCGGCAAAGAAGAACAAGAAGAAGAAGAACAAGAAGAAAAAGUAG